UCGAUCGAUCACCACGCUUCUUCUCACACUCGACUUGUGUACGCGGCAUCAAACCAUCCCACCAACACGACCAUACCGUGCCGCGUACCAUUACCAUCAAAAUCCGUUGAAACCGUGCACGAAAUCAUGUCGAUGCCCUGCGAGCAAAAAUCGACGAGGAAAAGUCCCGAGAUCGAGGAGGGACGAGGGGAGGCCAGGGACAAGUGUCGAAAAUUGUGGAAAACCUUGGACCCUAUGGUCGUCGAUCGAAGCGAUAACCUGUACACCGCUGUCCGCCAGAGCUUGCACAAGGUGUCGAGAAACACUUUUUCAACGUUGAAGAGCAACGCGGAAACGAAGAACAGGAGUGGAGUGUCGCAGGAGUCGAGCAUUGGACGAUUCUCCACCAUCAAAGCGUUCUUCGAUAAGGACGACUGCCAGGAGGAGAAAGGGGCGAGGUUCAGGUGCAAGAUCACCGUGAUGGGCAGAUUGAUGAGGAAGCUGGAAUUGAGGAAACGGGAACAGUUUCCUGACCAAGUCACUUCGAUGGAAUCCACGAAAAGCGAUCUCGAUGUCAAUGGCAACUUGGUAUCGAACUAGAAGGGAGCUGGAAGAGAAUUUCGAAAGGCGUUACGUAAAUUUUGAUCUGGGAAGAGGAGGACCAUCGAAGAGGAAACAAACUGCUCAAGAAUUUAACCUCACAGACACGGGACGCGAGCAAAAUUGUAUUCUAAUUCCAUUUUUUUCUUCUUUUUUUUUUUUCUUUCUUUUUUUCUCUUUUCCUGCUCGAGAGAGAUUUAACGAGAUGUAAACACUGUAAAAUCGUGAUAAGCACGAAAUCCUUUUCUCUUUGGUAGCACGGGAAAAAAUAAUCGGUGGAGAGGUGUAAAGUAAUGUAUCGUUGCUCAACCACUAGUCAAAAGUUAUAUUCCGUCUCUUUCUUAAAGUUAAAAUAUUCUCAUCUGCCAUUUUCGAGCUUCAUUCGAGAGACAGAUCUGAAGUUUUAUCUUUUUCUUUUUCUUUUUUUAUAGAUUGGAAUGUUUUUCGAAUCUUUGGAAAAUCUUUUUAAUUUUACUUGGAAAGAUGUACGAACUUCAGAUUUAUUUCGAUAAAAUAAAAUUGAAAAAUGAUAGAUAGGACAGUUUAAUUAGAAAGAGGAAUAUUUAUAAGCGCGCGUGAUUUAGUCGAAUUUAACAUUCUGUGUUUUCAUAGUAAAAAUAUCGUAUCUAGAAGCGUGAAUUUUGAAAUCUCGUCAUUCUUUUCAAGAUAGAACGAAUUAAGAUUGUUUCUUAUAAGAUCCGUUUGUACAAGCUUUUCUAAUUUUCUUCGAGAGGAAAGACGAAGGAUGGAACUUCGAAUGUUGCAGGAUUGAAAUUAAAAUGAAUAAAAUAUUGGAUAGGAUAUUU